AUGCUCACCACCAGAACGCUGCCUCGCGCCACAACUCGCAUCUGCACAGCCACACGAGCCGACACCCCGCCCGCUGUAUGUCGACUUGUGAGGCUACCCACGACGCAAUCGCAGUCGGCCGCACAACCGCCAUUGGGUCGGCGGCAUGCAUCGUCGUUUCGGAAAGGCUUCCAGGAACAACUCCGUAGAAGCCCUAUAUUGUUCCCGUUUGCCAUUGGAGCCAUCACCGUAGUCUCUGGUAUCCUCAUCUUCUAUGUGCCCUGGUACUACCGCAACAUCAUCAUCAAACCCUACCACAACUUCCCCGAGCCCGUCGCCAAUAAGCUCCGUCGCGCCCUCUUCUACAGCCGCGGCAACUAUCUCGAUAUCCGCGAAGCCAACAAAUACUUCCGACAGGCGCUUGCCUUGGCCAAUGAGCUGGGUAUGGAUCCCUUCAGCGACGAGAUCAUGGGCGUCAAAUACAGCAUCGCCGCCCUGUUCGAGGACGCGGGCCACUACAGUCUGGCCAUUGAUGUGCUGGAGAUCAUGCGCUCAGAUUGCCAGCGAUGGGUGGAUGAAUUCUCGGACAAGCAUUGGAACAAUGGGAACAGGAGUCGGGUGAAGAAGAACAUGGUGCAAAUCAACUUGAAGUUGGGCCAACUAUAUGAUGUCAAAUACGUCAACGAGCCAGAGAAUGGGGAGAAGAGACUGGUGGAGGCGGUGGAAAGUGCGCUGGGUGAAUGGCAACGGCGAGAAAAGGAGGGCCUGAAGACGGGCGAGGGGCCUUGGCUGACAGAGGAGGAAAUGGGGGGGACUUUGGAAGCCCUCGGAACCCACUACGAGCAAUUCGACUCGCACUACCUCGCCACCCCCCUCUUCCUCAAGGCACUCGAAUUCGUCCCCAAAACUUCAUGUCACAGCGUCGUCCUCAUGAACAACAUAUCCACCUGUCUCGCCCAACAAUCCCCCUCCUCCCAACCCACAACCACCAUGUCCCCCUCCCCUUCCUCCUUCCCCGUCACCACCCCCGCCCCCCGCCCCCUCCUUAUCGACCAGGCCCGCCAAUGGGCCCAAAAAGCAAUCGCCCACGCCGAAACCAUACAGCCGCCCCACCGCGACCCAGAAUGCGACGUCGCCUGCGCAGUCGCCACCCACAACCUUGGCGAAUUCCUCGAAAUGGAGGGCAAAAUCAGCCAAGCCCGCACGCUGUACGAGGAGGCUGGUCGCCUGAGCAGGAAGAUUGGGUUCAAGGAGGGUCAAGGGAAUGCAAAGGCGGGACUUCAACGCUGUUUGCAGGCCGAGAGGGCGAGCUAG